AUGUUAGCACUUAUAUCAAUAUUAUUAUUAUUUUAUAUAAGUCAAAAUAAUUUAAUAACAUUAUUAAUAGCAAUAGAAAUAUUACUAUUAACAGUAACAGUUAAAUUAAUAUAUCUAGGUGGUGUAUAUGAUGAUAUAUAUGGAACUAUAUUUAGUAUAGUUAUAAUUAUAUUAGCUGGUGCUGAAUCAGCUAUAGGUUUAAGUAUAUUAGUAUCAUAUUAUAGAUUAAGAGGGAAAGUAGGUCAUACAAUCUAA